UCAUCAUUCAAUUCAUUCAUUAGUUCAGUUGCGGUUUGCUUUGCUGUUCAUGCUCAAGUGCUAAAGAAAAUAUAUUAAAGAACCACAAAAAUCUACACAUAAUUUAGUUCAGGAACAUAUUAUCACUUUGUGAACCAGGAAUCUUUUCUCAAGUGUAUAAUUAUAAAGUUCUAAAUUUACUGGGAGAAGAUAAAAAAAUAUCAACAUAGAGCCAAAAGGGUAAAGUUCGAAUAACAAAGAUAUGGAUAUUAUAAUUAAAGUAAAUAAUCAGUCCAAUGGCAGAGAUAAAUUGGCCAGAUUAUUUCAGUAUACUAGCCGCUUAAUAUGGCAUCAACUCGAAACUAGAAACGCUAAUAAAUAUUCAAUUGACAGAAUUCGUAAUCUAGAACUUGCCCUCAGUUCUUUCCGUAAAAUCUUGCGUCUGGGAAGAUGCAUAGAUAUUUGCUACACCGCCUUGGACAGCAUGCAUAUAGAGGAUCCCUUCCUCAGAAUAUCACUUACAGUAAGCAAACUGGCACAUGGACUAUACUUGUAUGCUGACCAUGUUGUGUGGUUAACAAAAAGUGGAUUUUUAAAAACUGAUUCAGACAACUGGAACAAAACUGCAAACAGAUUUUGGUUACUAUCCAUUAUAGCAAAUUUGGCUAGAGACCUCUAUGAAAUAUUACAUGUUUUAGAAUUAAAUAGGUCAACAUUUUUAAAACCUUCAGAAUUACUUGGCGUAACUUCAAGGCAGUUUGAUUUGUCUUCAAGUUUAAAACAUGUACAUGCAUUUGUUUCUUGUCACAAAGAUAUAUUUAUAGAUACUGUUAAGAAUUCCUGUGAUUUGUUUAUACCACUGACUGCUCUUGGUUUUACAAAACUUAGCCCAAGUGCUGUCGGGACAUUAGGAGCGAUAUCAUCUAUAGCGGCAUUGGUCACAAUCAUAAAACCAAUAACUAAAUUAGUCCCAUAAUCUCAUUUAUGUUACAUUUUUAACUAAAUCAAACUAUAAGGCUGGAUUUAUAUUGUUUUGUGGUGCUGGGUAAGAAUUGUGAUUCAUAAAUGCCAUUUAUAUUUCCUAGUUGGGAGGGUUAUUUGUUAGGUUUUGUUUAUCAUAGGUACUAUGAUAUGAAUGUAUUCUAUUUUGCAUCAUUAUAAUCAUGUUGAUUAAAUGUUACAAUAAC